GGGGCGAUGUUGAGGGGCGGCCGUCGGCGGGCAAAGGGUAAUGGGCGCCCCUGAGCUGGGGCACCGGCCGCGGAGCCACGCUCGGGGCGGGAGGCUGCCCUGACGCUUCCCCGAGGGGUGCGGACUCUCCGCGCAGCUCCGCUGCCUCCGCCGUAGCUCGGUGAGGGCGGCUGGGAGCCGUGCCCCCGGCAUGCUGCCCGCCUCCCUGGGGCGGGCGGGGCAGGGCGGCGGGCGGCUGCGGGCCUCCCUGGGGAGGUGGCUGCUCGCCCCCCCGGGCUGGGGCCUGCAGGGGCCGGGGCUCUGCCUCAGGUGGCGGCCCCAGCUCGCCCCGCCGCUGCGGGCCGCCCGGCAGAGCAUCGGGACGCAAGGCGGGGCGCGGAGAGCGGAGAAACCCGGCGGGGACAGCAAAGACGUGUCGGUGCGAAGCGGGCGGAGAGAGGAGACGGUGGUGUCGGCUGCGCAGAAAGUGAAAGAAGCUGGAAGAGACUUUACCUACUUUAUUGUGGUGCUUGUUGGAAUUGGUGUUACAGGUGGUUUGUUCUAUGUGAUUUUUAAAGAACUAUUCUCUUCUUCUAGUCCAAGUAAGAUCUAUGGAGAUGCCUUGGAGAAAUGCAGAUCUCACCCUGAGAUAAUUGCUGUUUUUGGUGAAUCUAUUAAAGGUUAUGGGGAGGCAACAAGAAGAGGAAGACGACAGUUUGUCAGUCACAUUGAAUACGUAAAGGAUGGACUGAAAUAUAUGCGUUUGAAGUUCUACAUUGAGGGCUAUGAAUCAGGGAAGCAGGGAACUGUCCAUGUGGAAGUCAAAGAGAAUCCUGAGAAAGGAAGAUUUGAGGUCCGCUACAUAUUUGUGGAUGUUGACACCUAUCCUAGAAGAACCAUUGUUGUAGAAGACAACAGAUAGCCAACAAAGUUGCCACCUCAUCUCAUUGGGUAUCGGAUGAUACUGGUAUAGCCAGUCCACACAUGAACUAUUUGGUGUCCUCGAUUGUAUCUUGCAGCUUUGGGGUUGUGUUGCGGGACACAGCCUUUCAGGGCCUCCAUUAAGGUCUUCUGUAAUAACGGGUACGGGAUUUGAAGUGAAGCCAAUGAAAAAUAGUAGAGCCAUCACUUAUGGCAAAUACUUUUGACAUAGGAAAAUAAUGGCUCAUAAUAAACAGUUUAAUGCUGGAUAAUACUUCUUCACACCCAAAAGCUGAGUCUUCCAAGACUUCAGGUUUGGAUGGGGAGCUUUUUGUCUUCCUUUGCUUGGAUUUCCUACUAGCACUGCAAUAAAGAAAGUGGUAUUUUAAGUGCA